UGUGUUGGAAGAAAAAAUUGAACGACAGAGAGAAGAUCAAUGCCAUUGGCCGCAGACAGAGAAAAAGACACUUUCACUGAAAUUAUAAAAGAAUAAAGAUUUGUGUUUUGUAUUUUUAUGUUAAAUCCCUCAUUGUUUUUUGGCAGUCACUAUCAUAGUUCAAUUUGUGGUGUUAGUUUUGUUUUGUUACCCUUCCUCUCCAGCCUUUUCUUGAGUUUCUCUCUCUCUCUCCUUUUUAAUUUUAAAUAAUUUGUUUGUCUGUUGCGUGAAAGAGGCCCUGAAAACAAGAUUUCUGUAGUCAAGUUUGGAGCUUUUUGCUCUGUGAUUGGUGUGUUCUCCAAACAAUGCAUAAUUCUUCAUCUGGGUACUUGGUUCUGGUUUAAUAUGGGGGUGGAAGACCGUUUUCCGGUGGGUAUGCGUGUACUUGCCGUUGACGACGACGAAACGUGCCUCUCAGUGUUGGAGAACCUGCUUCGCAAAUGCCAGUAUAAUGUUACUACAACUAAUCAGGCAAUUAAGGCGCUAGACAUGUUGAGGAAAAACAGAAACAAGUUUGACCUUGUUAUUAGUGAUGUGAAUAUGCCAGACAUGGAUGGGUUUAAGCUGCUUGAGCUAGUGGAACUUGAAAUGGACCUACCAGUUAUCAUGUUGUCAGGAUACGGUGAUAAAGAGCGGGUCAUGAGAGGUGUUAUACACGGCGCUUGUGACUACUUAACGAAACCGGUUCGAAUUGAAGAGUUACAGAACAUAUGGCAACAUGUAGUGCGAAGGAGGAUUGAUAGCAAGGAUAAGAAUAAGACUGCAAGUGAGGGAAAAGCCUGCAGUAUGGCUGGUAAGCUUGCAAAUGAGGAGAAAGCCUGCUAUAUGGCUGGGGAAUGUAGUCAAGCCAUGGCAUCAAAAAGUAAUGCCGACCAGAAUAUAAAACUGGGUCAAAAAAGGAAGGAACAAAGCGAGGAUGAGGAAGAGGAAGAAUAUGAUCAAGAAAAUGAAGAACCCUCAAAUCAGAAGAAGCCUCGUUUAGUUUGGGAUGCCGAGUUGCAUAGGAAAUUUCUUGCUGCGAUUAAUCAUCUGGGAAUUGACAAGGCUUUCCCCAAGAGAAUACUGGACCUGAUGAAUGUUGAAGGACUUACACGAGAAAACAUAGCAAGCCAUCUGCAGAAAUACAGACUCGGUCUCAAAAAAUCCACUCAACAGCCUAGCAUGGUUGCUACGUUGGGUAAUAGUGAUCCUUACCAGCAGAUGGAUUCAAUAGAAGGCUUUCGCACUUUGUCGGGAUCAGGAGGAAUGAUAAGCACCACACUACCAUCAUAUGCAUCUGGUGGACUGUUUUGUAGGCUGAACUCCCCAUCUGGCUUGAGAGGAAUUAACUCUUCUCUUCUUGUUCAGCCUGUUCAUUCUCAAAACAUUGAUAGCAGGUCCAUAAAAACACUUGGAAACAUGCAGCUAUCCAUGUUUUCUGCAAAUCAAACCUCAAGUUUAUUACAGGGCAUUCCAACAUCAAUCGAUGGUAACCAAUUUCAGCAGAAUAAUUGUUCAAUUGGUAUUAGGAAGUUGAGUCCACUUGAUGAUUUAUCAAGUGGAUUUAAAGUUUCCUCUGGUUUCUCAAACAGUAGAGCUACUGUUAGAAAUCCAAAUAAUUCUCUACAUGGUCUCUCAAAUAAUCAUUUACUUUUACAAGGAAAUUCCCCACCAACACAUAAUUCUGGAGCAUUCGGAAAUCACUCUUCUCUUGGAGCUGCUUCGGUGAAAACACAAUCCUUUGACCCUGGCAUCUGUGAGUUGGGUUAUAAUCGGUGUAAUAAAAGCUGGCAGGGAACAACUCAGAUAUCUAAGUUUCCUGCCAAUACUUCUGCAGUCAGUAACAAUGAUCAGCUGGCUCAAAAUAACUUGAACUUUUCCUCAUCCACUUUUUGCAGUGGGAACAGCCCAGUUGAUUUUUCUUCCACUAGUGUUGUUGCUCCUCCCUUGGAGGAUGCUAGAGGUAAGCUACGAUGUCAAGAAGGCUUACUUGAGAAUAUCUUACUGACAUCAUGUUACACCCAGCAUCAGAGCUGGGAAGCAGAUAACCGGGGUUGCAACAAAGAAAUGAGUCAAACUUUCAACACCAUAAAGUCUGUCUCUCCUAAUGGAGACACUAGUUCCUUAGGACAUAGUUUAGACCAAAACAAUACAGUUAGCAGCAAGAGAAUUGAUGUAUCUUUGGUUAAUCCAUCAGUCACGCAGUCUAGUGAAGAUGAGAAAUUCUAUUCGAUGGAGUCAAUUGAUGGCUGCAUUUUGCAGAGCAUGGAGUCCCAAGAAGAUCUCAUGCAGAAUACUUUUGAGUCGUUGGAUGACAUAAUGAGUGAAAUAACCAAACAGGAGCAAAAUGCCAUUAUGUUGAUGGAUGGAGAAAUGGAGUUUGAUGCUUACCAUGUUGGAUCAUGCAUUUGAUUACUUCUGAUUCGCCACGAGCAUGAAAAUCGCUAAAGUUACUACUCUCCUGUCCUGGAGUCUUUCAUCGUGCAGUAUCGCAUUGAUGUAAUUUCUGUUUCACUAAUAGUGUGUGCUACUUGUACAGUAGUAAUUGCAUCAAAUUCUCCACUCUCUUGAUGAUCUUUUUAUAUAAAUAAAACAACGAGUUAACUUCUUA